GCGGAGGGCUCUCCGCUGCUCGGCAGCGCCGCGCGCCGCUCCUGGCCGUCGCCAGCCAGCCGGAUCCGCGAGCGGAUCUGCCCCGUCAUCUGAUCCGCCUUGUAGCCGCCUGACCUAUAUUCUCGCACGCGCGGGAUGUCGCCGGCUCGUCCCGCGCGCGUCGCUCGCUCGGAUCGUCAGCUCGGCGAGCCGCAGCUCGUGCGUCCUCUAGAUCAUCUUGGCUCCCUUGUACGGCUGGAGUGUCUCGAGACAAACGGCUUGCGGACAGCGUUAAUGUGUUUUUACGAUAGGACACGCCAUCGGUGCUCGAGAGGGGGAAAAUUCAUGUAGCCGAUGGCCGAAGGCAUUGCUUGCCCGUUCUAUCCCGACGGCUAGCUUAUCAACUGUACAAUCGGCCGGAACGACUUUCGAAGCGCCGUCGAGCUUUCCUCUCAACUUUCCUCGUAAAGAAGUCGAGGGCGGAAGAAAAAACGACUCGCGAUCGCAGUCCGCCGAGCGUCGAAAAUUCAUCGUCGAACGAUUGUCGGCCGAGAACGUCGACGAAGGUUAAUUGUUUGAAGCACUCGGUCUGGACCGCUGCGUCGAAGACUACCGCGCGACUGUUUGCGCUUACGGUUGGUACGCUCGUCCAGCGAGGGGGGGAGGGCAAGUCGCUGAUCACGAUUAUCCUCGUAACCGCCGAAUGUGGUGUGCGCGUGCUACGUAAGUUCUCGCGGGCUGCCAGCCGCUACGUAGCAUGUAGUCACGUACACGAGCGCGGCGUAGGAGCAGCGCACACAAGCCCCCGGCUAUGUUGGCCUAAGUCGUACGUGCUUUAUUAAUCCAGCCCUCGGGGCUGUGUGCCAGCGCAGCUCGUUCCUUCGGCUUUGACGACAGCUUUGACAACAGGCAAUUAAUGGCUCGGUCGUUGUCCCGGCAAGCGGCGGAUCCGAGCCGUGUUUGCUCGACGUAAUUUCGGCGAUCUUGCGACGGCGCUCCGGGCGACGAUCAGUCCGUUUUCGCGCGAAACGCGCUAUCGGAGCAAAGAUUCACGACUUGCACCGAGAGCCCCAGGAUGUCCGCCUGGAAACCCGAACCACGCCCGCCGUGGCAAGUAUCGCGGAGCGCGUUACAUUGUGCUCUGCCAAGGCAAACUACGACGACCACGGGCACCGGUUCGGUCGAGCGCGAGACCAAAAAAGUUGCAAUGUCUCCGACGACUCACGACGACUCAAUCGUCACCGACCAGCGCAGCCAGUACGACGUGACACGCGGCGCUUGCGUGACCGCAAAAUGCGCUUGUGCAUACAAUUAACAUUGCCAAGCACCCAAUCGACGAACGCUGUCCACGAAAACAAAGGAUUGACAGACAUAACGACUCUAAUGUGCAUACGUCCUCGCUGAAAAUCCACGUGACUCAUUGACUCGCGCGUAUAAGUAUGAAAAUAUCGAAUGCUGUUGCUGUUUUACACAAAGAGGACAGUGACGGCACUGAAUGACGCAUGCCAAUUGACCUUUAUUUGAAAAGUGUAUGGAUUGUUUUAUUUAGAUGUGUGCAUAUAUGGAUCACGAACGCUCAGAGAUAUAUAUAUUUAAAAUUCGUCGCCACGGCAAACCCCCUGUCUCUGAUAGACAUAUAUACGCAGUUACACGUAUACAAGAAUUAGUUCAAUAAUGUGCAGAAUUACAAAAUUGAAAUAAUGAAUAAUCAGCAGUGCAACUGAUUCGCAUCGAAACAAUAAGCUUAAUACUAUUUUCAGAACUGUAUUAUUCAUCAAAUAUUAGUCAAUGUACAAGUUAUUGCAAUGGGAGGUUUUGUUAUUCGAGUAAAAUCAAAAUCUGGCCAAAAAAUUGUGGAUAGCUUAUCACCUCAAGAUACAAUCACAAAAUUAAAAAAUAUGCUAUCAGAAUUAACAGGAGUCCAUAACGAAGCCCUUUGUGUACUUCAAGGUUUUCCACCAAAACCACUUGACCUCAAUAAUGGGAAUGCCACCUUACACGAAAGUAACAUUUCAUCUGGAGAGACUUUGAUUGUUGAAGAAAAACAGAUUGACAGCAAUGUUGAACAAACUAUGCAAAACGUAACACGAAAACAUAUAACAGAAAAUGUUGAUUUUGGCAAUUCUCCAGGUAUUCUUAUGAAAAUGGUUGUUCCAGCUGAUAAUUCAUGCUUGUUUACAAGUGUUGGAUUUGUUUUAAAUGGUAAGGUAGAUCCAAGUUGUGCUCAUUCUAUGAGAGAAAUUAUAGCACAUGCUGUAGCUGCAGAACCUAGUGAGUAUUGUGAAGCUAUGUUGGGACAACCAAAUACAGAUUAUUGUAAUUGGAUAAUGAAACCUAGUUCUUGGGGAGGAGCAAUAGAACUUUCAAUACUUUCCAAAUUUUAUGGCAUGGAAAUAGCGGUGGUUGAUAGCAGUAAUGGUAUUAUCAAUCGAUUUGGUGAAGAUCAACAUUAUGCUCAAAGAGUUUUCCUUAUAUUUGAUGGAAUACAUUAUGACCCUCUCUAUUUAGAACCACUUGAUGGUGGGAGAAUUCAAACAAUGUUUCCAACAGAGGAUCAAACAAUUCUAAAACAAGCAGACAAUUUGGCUCAAGAGGCAAAGUCUAGUCAUCAGUACACUGACAUUCAAAAGUUUACUUUAAAGUGCAUGGUGUGUGACAUGAAACUUAGUGGAUCUGAAGCUGCACAGAAACAUGCUAAAGAGUCUGGUCAUCAAAGUUUUGGUGAAGUGAUAAAUUGAUAUUUGGGUAAAAAGAAAAUGAAAAAAUUGAUUUCCGUUCAUUUAAUGAAAAAAUUUUCUCGGUUUAAUAUUGAAAUCGUGUUUUUGACAGCAUUUUUUAAAAUAUAGUGAGGAAAAGUAAAAUGCAUAUGGCAACCAUAAGAAGGCUGUACAAAACUUAUUAUUUGCCUUUGGCUUGUCCUUUACCAUAUACCCUCACUACCUAAUUUUCUGUAAACUACAAAUAUACAGACUUGGCUUCAUGAUGAAAUUUAUAUCAAUGUCAAACCUUUGUCAACCAAAUUUAUUCAAACUCUCAAUUUCUAAUAUUGUAAAUUGACAGUAUGUAAUUAAAAAAUUGUAAGACAGUUUAAUGAUAUUAGAGAGAACAUGAUCAAUUUCUAUACUCUACUAUCCUUAAUUUUAUUGUAAUAUACUAAAUCUAAAAAUAAGUAAUUUUUACUAGUUCUGAUUUUUUAAGUAAUCAAAAUUAAAUCUUAAAGAUAAAAGGUAAUUUAUUAUACAGUAUAUAAACUUGUAUAAUGUAAGUGAAAAGAAAGAAACACAAACCGAGAUAAUUAUGAUUAGAAAUAUACAAAAUUAUAUAUCGAUUUAUUAAGCUUACAAAUUUUGUGUGCCAAUAAAGUUUAAAUCACAUCAAGUAAGGUUGCAACUGAACGAGCCGACAUUAAUUUUCAUAAAUACAUAAUUUGAAAAUAUGAAUUGUCAAGAGCGACUAUGUAAAUUUUAUUCUGUAACUAAAAUUAUUGAUUCAACAUACGCGAAAUGUUAAAUCAAGCAAUUGAUUGCCUUGUACGUGAUUUUAGGUAUAUAAGAAAUUUUACGGGAUUGUAACAACAAAAGUGAUUUGUAUUAAUAUGCGUGAUGAAUUCGUGAUAUUGAGAGAAAAAACGAAAAUUAGCAAUAUAUAAUUGUUCUUAUUUAACAAAAAAUCCAGAAUAUGCCAUCUAAAUUUCAGUAGUUUUACCAACUCAGGGGUCGGACUACGCACAUUGCGCAGUACGUUCUACACGUUACGGUUAUGUCCAAUGUAAUGGGACAGUUUUGCUGACAUUCGUAAAAUAACAAAAUAACAUUAUAACAUUAAAAAAAUGUUGUUACCCUUUUUCAACGAUCAACAAAAUUUAAUUUUUUUUAUUUAAAAAAAUUGUUUUUUUUUUUAAGCCAUACAAUUCAUUUAUUGUUUCGUUAUAAACUGAAUUUAUUUAACAUUUUUUUUAUAUAAAAAGUAUAUACAGACAUGCUUUCAUAAGCAUCAUUGAAAUAAUUAAUUAAAAUGCUGAUUUAUUAUUAUUUGCCUUUCUACAAGUCUUAUUAAAUGAUAUUCCUGAUCAUUCUCGACAAAAUAAGGCACUUCAUUGUCAUUUACAGGUUGAGGUAUUGGCAUGCUGAAAAAUAUAGAAUAGCUUCAUUUUAUUAUUUCUAAAAUAUAUUUAUGCUUUUAUAACAAAAACAAUAACACAAAGUCGCAAAGGCGUAAGUGCUUUCAUAGUAGGUUAAACGUACACCGUUAUGCGUUAGUACACUCUAAAAUAUAUUUUCAUUUCAUUUUAAACAUUGUUGAUCUGAAUUGAACAUCAACUAUUAUUGCUGAUUUUAAAAAGUAUAAAAAUAGCGUUGUAUUGAAUCUUAUUAUUUAUAAAUUUGCAUUCACACACUACACUGAUGAAGCAUUAAGGUCUUAAAAAUUAGCAUCCAAUUAUUUAAACAUCAAUGAAAUUAAUAAAUUAAUUAUACAAUUCAAUUGGGCAUCCCUAAAUUAUCAAAACCUCAUUUUGUGCAUCGUUGAAGGUGAUAAUAAUCAUGCGAAAAUAAAAUAAGUUAUGGGUGCUGGUACCAGCACUUAAAUUUGAUUCUCUAAAUUCGGUGAUUCAUAUCAAUAUUGGCAGUCAAUAUAAAAUCAUUGAAAAGUUUUUUACUUAAUUACAAUGAUAUAAUGCUUUUACGUAUUUUGAUAGGCUAUCAUCAUAUUAUUUCGCGCAUGCGCCAUGAAUGGAAUAUGUAAUUGCUUUGUAUGGGAGCCUGGUGCGAAUACUCGGCCUGUUUGAAUCCUUCAAUCUUUUUUUUGAUUUUAUCAAAAAUUUUAUUUUAUAAAAAAGUCCUUCUUUUAAGAUUCAACGAAAAUUUAUAGCUUUUUCUAUUUUUCUCAACGUUGUUGAAGCUUUUUUUCAGGCGAAAAUAAAAUAAUAUAAAUUAUAGGUGCUGGUGCACCACUCAAAUUUGACAUGAUUAUUUUUUAGUUUGUAUCGCGAAAAAAAUAUUUUAGAAUAAGCUACUCGUUAAUGCGUUGGACCAAUUAACGAUUGGUUUAUUCUAAAAAUUCUUUUUACGAUAAAGCCACCGAAUUUGGAGAAUCAACUUUGAGUUAUUGGCAUCAGCACCUAUAAUUUAUUUUAUUUUCUCAUGAACAUUGUUAGCUUGAAAAAUGCACAAAUAACGUUUUAAUAAUUAAGGGAUGUCCAAUCGAAUGGUAUAAUUAAUGUAUUAAUUUCAUUGAUAUUUAAAUAGUUAAAUGCUCACUUUUAAGACCUUGGUCAUUACGACUCACGUUGAUUACAUCCUCUAUAUAUUAUAUUACAUAGUAUAUAUGUACUAUUUGCAUAUACGUGUGAUUAUUAUAGGCGCUUAAAAGAACGAUAUUCGUUGGUAUAUAUGUGAAUUUUCGUCAUAUGUUUGUUACGUAUUCAUGUACUCAUUCCGCCUUUAUA